GAAACAAGUGACAGGGGCGGGGGGAAGAAAAACGUUCUCAAAAAAAAAAAAAAAAAAUAUUAAGAAGAAAACUUCCCACUUGGCAGCGAGUGCGCGGGAAGUUCAGCGCGCGAGUUCCGGGCUUCCCGCCCGCCCGCCGGCCCGCAGACGACUGCAGCCUGGGGAGAGCCAGACUGUUUGCUGUGGGGUCUUUCUGAGGAGGGCGCUGCCUGAGCCGGAGGCGUGGUACCUGAGCUCCGCUGCCUGGCCUCUGUGCGGCGACCCCGGAGGCCCCCGCGCUCCAGCCGGGCCAGAGCCGUGGCCUCGUGUCCCCUCACGGGGAGUGCUCCGCGAGCGCCAGGGAGCAGGCCCACAGCGGCCAGGACGAGGAGAUGGACGUAGAAGCCAAGUACCGCAUGGCCUCCCUGUAUGUGGGUGACUUGCACGCGGAUGUCACGGAGGACCUGCUGUUCAGGAAGUUCAGCGCGGCGGGGCCCGUGCUGUCCAUCCGCAUCUGCAGGGACCAGCUUACCCGCCGCUCUCUGGGCUAUGCCUACGUGAACUUCCUGCAUCUGGCUGAUGCCCAGAAGGCGCUGGACACCAUGAACUUUGACGUCAUACAAGGCAAAUCCAUCCGUCUCAUGUGGUCUCAGCGCGAUGCCUACUUGAGGAGAUCCGGAAUUGGGAACGUGUUCAUCAAGAAUCUGGACAAAUCUAUUGAUAACAAAACCCUUUAUGAACAUUUUUCAGCUUUUGGAAGGAUCCUUUCCUCCAAGGUGAUGAGUGAUGAUCAAGGCUCCAAGGGCUAUGCGUUUGUGCACUUUCAGAACCAGAGUGCUGCAGACAGGGCCAUUGAGGAGAUGAAUGGAAAACUGCUCCAGGGCUGCAAGGUGUUCGUUGGCAGAUUCAAAAGCCGUCAAGAUCGCGAAGCUGAACUCAGAAGCAAAGCCAGUGAAUUCACCAAUGUUUACAUCAAAAACUUUGGAGGUGACAUGGAUGAUGAGAGAUUGAAGGACGUUUUCAGCAAAUAUGGCAAAACUCUGAGUGUUAAAGUGAUGACAGAUUCCAGUGGGAAAUCCAAAGGCUUUGGCUUUGUGAGUUUCGAUAGCCAUGAGGCUGCCAAGAAGGCUGUCGAAGAAAUGAAUGGAAGGGACAUAAAUGGGCAGCUCAUUUUUGUAGCCCGGGCGCAGAAGAAAGUUGAGCGACAGGCUGAGUUAAAGCAAAUGUUUGAGCAGCUGAAAAACGAACGAAUUCGUGGGUGCCAGGUGGUAAAGCUCUAUGUUAAGAAUCUUGAUGACACCAUUGAUGAUGAAAAACUACGAAAGGAAUUCUCUUCAUUUGGAUCAAUUAGCAGAGUUAAGGUAAUGCAGGAAGAGGGGCAGAGCAAAGGGUUCGGCUUGAUCUGCUUCUCCUCUCCUGAGGAUGCUCUUAAAGCAAUGACUGAGAUGAAUGGCCGCAUCUUGGGCUCCAAACCUCUUAGCAUUGCCUUGGCCCAGAGACACUAGGAAAAAAAAAAAGUACCUUCCCAGCUCAAAUCUGCAGCAGGUGGGGAAUGAUAGUGAUCUCUGUCUGAACUGACCUCAGUAAAUUUAAUAUUGCACAUGAUGGGUGCUUAGUUUAGUAAACUCUGUGAUAAAAGGUUUUUUUUUAAUAUACAAAGCCAUUUAUCUUUGUGGAAAAAUUAAUGAAGCUUAGUUCGUUUUACAAAGACACAUUUUCUGAUUUCAAUAUUGUAUAAUUUUUCUUAUUUUGAUACAGUGUUCAUAGCAAUAAGUAUAAAUAGAUAUGUUUUUAUUGUAUUUGAACCAGAGGUAAUUAUUUGAAUGUCUAUUACUUUAGUAAUAUUACUAGCUUUAAUUUCUUCUAUGAAAAUAUGCUCAAAAUAGUUCUUAUACCUUAAGAUUCCAAAGUAUUUUUACCAACAGAAAUUUUCUAAUUUUUCCUUCAAGUUUUGAGACAUCAAACUUUUAGAAAUUUAUAAUACAAAUUUAAAGAUCUAAUUUGAUUUUGAAUUAAUGGUUAAAGUACUCAGAUAUAGUUGAAAUUCUUUUAAAUUUAUAUCCUGACAUGUUUGUUUUUCUGAUGGUUUAAAUUAAGAUGAUGGAGGUUUUUUAAUGCUGCCUAAAAAUCAGCUUUAUGUGUUUUGUUAUUCUUUCCAUUAGUUGACUAUAAUUCAGGUACUUACUAGUUAAUCUAAAUUGUAACUUGCACUGUAAAACCUUAACUUCUACAUUCCUUAAGUUGUAAAUCUGUAUCAUCUCAGGUGAUCCAAAGUUGUUGUUGUCUUAAAUCUCUUCAUACGUAUAUAGCAUAAUAUUACGCCUUAAAUUUUUACCAGAUACUAAUAUGAAAAUCAUAUAUGCAGAUUGUAGAAAUUCUGUUUAUAAACGUUUAAAAUCUCUUUUAUAUUAUUUUGUGUAGUGAUAUUCUCUUAGGUUUCAGAAAAGUAAGUUCCUCUAUUUUUAUCAACUCACAUCUUUUAUUAGACUGUGGCAGCUAUGUAACCCAUAAGGUUUACUUUUAGCUUUGAUUGUUCAGAAACUCACUAAUUUUCUGAUAAAUUGAAGUUACAUCACUUAUUCUGUUUUCUAGCAUAAUUUUUAGUUUAGAACCAUUCCCCUAUUUUCCUUUCUCUCCUGCCUUUCAUCUAUAUUACUCAGCUUUUUAAAAUACUUUUUAAAGAUUUUUUUUUUAAUUGGUUUUCAAAAUAUGCUGCUUCAAAUCCAUUUGGAAAUUGAGGCAAGAGUUACAUAUUUACACUUAAAUAAUUGCUUUACAAAUUCUGAUUCAUACCAAAGCUAUCUAGCAAAUGAUUUUGUUGUUAAUGUUUUCAUAUUUUUACCUGGCUUAGUCAUUUCUUAUUUCUAUUAUUCAAAUAUUCUAUUUCAUAUAUUACUAAUAUUAAAUAAAUAGUAAAAUGUUUUUGGCAAUACUUCAGCUUAUGAAUGAGAAAAGCUUGUUACAUUUUAUUUUUAUAGAAAUUAUAUCUAUAUUCUUUGCACAUUUUUUAAAAUAAAAUUCUUUUAGUGAAAAAAAAUGGACAACAAAAAAAUUAAAAGACGUAGCAUAUAAUUGUAUUAUGCCAACCAAUUCUCUAUUACAAUUUGUUGCAUAUUUUUCCAAUUUUUUCAUCCCUUCACAUAUAUACACCUACGUAAUUUAAGAAAAAUUGGAUAAUAUUAUAAAUAUUGUUUGAAAUUGCUGUCUUAGUUAGACAAUGUGCUAUGGUCCACCUUAAUACUCACAGUAAUUAUUUCCUUAUAAUCUGAGUGACUUUUAUGUUUUGUUCAAUGACUUUACCAAAAUAUAACUAAUUUCUUUUUGAUGAACUUAUAUGUUGUUAGAUUAUUUAUUCCUUUAUUCUUUCUUCCUCUAUCAUAAAUAACUUGGAGAUUAACAUUCUUGCAAACUCAUAUAUGCAAAUAUAUCUAUUUUCUUAAGAAAAGGUUUUUUAGAAAUGGAAUUAAUGGUUAAAAUAGAAUCAAUUUUAAAAAAUAAUUUUGAUAAAUAUUGCUUAAAUGCUGUCCAGAAAACCUCUGGCACUUACAUUGUCAUUGUAGGAGAAUGCCUAUUUCCUUAUGCUCCAGGAAACAAGAGGUUUUGUUUAAGCAGUUGGUCAAUUCAACAUGAUAUAUGUAAAGCAAACUAUUUCAUCACUGCUUUAUUUCACUUUUUUAAAUUACAAAAGUUAAACAGCAUUUCUGUACUUAGUGAUUGUUUGUAUUUUCAUUCUUAUGAGUUAAUGUCUCAUGAUCAUAAUUAUUUUCCUGUUAGUUUUUUAUUUACAUGGAUUUUUAGAUUUCUUUGAAUAUUAUGACAACAUUUUAGACUUUUUCCCUGGUAUUUUACUUUCUUUAUAGUUUUGAAGCUUAUUCCAAAAUU